CCCAUCAGUGCCACCUGUCAAUGCCCAUUAAUGCCACCUGUCAGUGCUCAUCAAUGCCACCUGCCAGUGCCUCACCAAUGCCACAUAUCAGUGCCUACCAGUGCACAUCAAUGCCACAUAUCAGUGCCCAUCUGAGCUGCCUUUCAGUGCCACCUAUCAGUGCCAGUCAGUGCCACAUAUCAGUGCUGCCAAUCAGGGCCACCUAUCAGUGGCAUGCCCAUCAGUGCCACCUAUCAGUCCCCAUCAGUGCAGCCUAUCAGUACCCAUCACUGCAGCCUCAUUAGCGCACAUCAGUGAAGGAGAAAAAUCACUUAUUUACAACAUUUUAUAA